UGUAUAGCAACGCAAUAAGCAAAAAGUUAAGGGGAAGAAAUACAAAAUGUGUAGAAGGCACGUAAAAGGUCGAAGUUGCAGGGAGGGAGGCCUGGCCUGCAAAUCUCUACAAUUUCGAGGUUUCGCUCCUCUCUCCAGUCUCCCCGAUACUAAACCCAGCGCGACUACACAAGUUUAUGGUUUAUAGAAUAUCCAAGUUGUUGAAUUGAAUUGCACCCUCAUAUCAAACAUGAAUAUCUUCUCCAAGAAGCCUACGCCUAAAGAGGUGCUUCGAGACAGUAAACGAGAAAUGAACAAUGCCACCAGAGGCAUAGAGAAGGAAAUUUCUGGUUUGCAGUUGGAGGAAAAGAAGCUUGUUGCUGAGAUAAAGAGAACUGCUAAAUCUGGAAAUGAGGCAGCAACUAAGAUUCUAGCACGUCAGCUAGUCAGGCUAAGGCAGCAAAUUGCUAACCUGCAAGGAAGUCGAGCUCAGAUGAGAGGCAUAGCAACUCAUACUCAGGCAAUACAUGCCCAAACUUCAGUUGCUGCAGGCAUGAAAGGUGCCACUAAAGCCAUGACAGCUAUGAACAAGCAAAUGGCUCCAGCAAAACAGGCGAAGGUUAUUCAAGAUUUCCAGAAGCAAUCAGCACAAAUGGAUAUGAUUACGGAAAUGAUGUCAGAUGCCAUAGAUGAUGCUUUGGAUGAUGAUGAAGCUGAAGAGGAAACUGAUGAGUUGACAAAUCAGGUCCUUGAUGAAAUUGGUGUUGAUGUUGCUUCACAGUUAUCGGCAGCUCCAAAAGGAAAAAUUGCUGGGAAAAAGGUCGAGGAGAGUAGCUCGGGAAUGAAUGAACUCGAGAAGAGAUUGGCUGCCCUUAGAAGUUAGAAAUCCUUAAGGUCAAUGCCUCCUUUGUUUCCAAUUGUGUCUUCUCAUUUUAUUGCUGUGAUGACAAGUUUACUGUAAUUCAAUGUACAUGACUUUUCUCUAUUAAGCAUUAUGAUAUGUUUGGAGCUUGGUUUUAAGAUCCUCAAAUGAAUCACUUGAUACUCUUUA